UAUAGUUGGCUGUUGCGAUCUGUUAGUUACUUGUUCGUUCGAUAAUGAUAUAUAGAACCAUGACUUGUUUGUAUCUUUUUCAAAUUUUAAUCAGAAAUAAAAACUAAUAAAUUAGUAGAAUAUCUGCAUAAUUUCAUCAAUAAAUACGAUCCUGAGUUUGCCAAAAAAUAUUAGCAUUCUCACUAUGCUUGGCUUGUUUUAUUCUAUGUAUUAUCUUCUGUUUUCUUGUGCUGAUAAGAGAAUUAGUUUUCUUGUAUUAAUCAGUAGAAAAAUCAUUAGUAGUCCAGUGUCUUUAUCUCUAGGAUUUUUUUCUUUGUUUUUGCUGGUGUUUUAUGCAGCAUCCUUCAAAAUGGAAGCAACCAGAUUUCAUCAAGAAUUUUAUAAAAUCGAACGCAUUGGAAAAGGGGCAUAUGGAACAGUUUUUUCAUGCAUGCAUAAGUUGGAUGGACAAGCAUAUGCUGUAAAAAUUGUAAAAUUUAAUAAACAUAAUGAUCAAGAUAAGGUGUUAAGAGAAGUGAAAGCCUUGGCUAAAUGUAAUCACAGCAAUGUGGUAAGAUAUUUCAAUGCAUGGAUUGAAUGGAUGGUGGUGCGGUCUUCUGAUGAAGAUGAAGAUUAUGAUAAAGGAGGAGGUGGUGAUGGUUCUUCUCCUAAGAGUCCGGAUGCCAUGCUUUUCAUACAGAUGGAGCAUUGUCAUCAGAAUCUUGACAAUCUACUGGAGCAAUCAACCAUAACUGAGGGUACAGCUCUGAGGUACUUUCAAGGGAUGGUGAAAGGUCUGGACCACAUACAUGGGAAGAAAAUAAUCCAUGGGGAUCUGUCAAGGAAAAACAUCUUCAUUGACGCUAGCGACGUGAUCAAGGUGGCUGACUUCGGCUUAGCCAAACUACUGGGCAAUUCUGCUACUGCUAUUAAAUCUGGAAGUUCCGGCACAAAGUUUUAUCUUGCUCCAGAAGCAGAAAAGGGGGCUCCCAUCGACCAAAAAGCGGACAUAUAUAGUCUUGGUAUCCUGUUUUUGGAGUUGCUCGGGAGCUUCACCACGAUGUCUGCGCGGGCUCAUGCCAUUAACGAUCUGCGAGAAAUGAGAGUGUUGCCUGAGAGCAUAUCCACAUAUGAAGAUUACAUCUUACAAUUGGUGGCAUUUUCUCCCGAAGAGAGGCCAUCGACUAAAGAGAUUCUCACAUGGCCAAUAUGGGCUGAUGUUUCAUCUUCAGAGGCAGAGAAUAAUGACAGAGCCCCGAUACGGACUGGUGAUGACCACCAAGCAGCAGAUGAUGACAUGCCAGGGUUGAAAGAUGCUGGUGAUGCCAUGCCAGUGUUGGAAGAGGAUAAGAGUCUGUUAGUCGAGAUCUAAUUGAUCAGGACAAAGACAGACUUGUCAUAUCUUUUACUAUUCAUAUACAGACUUGUCAUAUCUUUUACUAUGCAUAUACAGACUUCUUUUUGUAUGUUUGUAUGGAGAAUCCUUUUGACCUGGUCUCCAUUGUUUGGUGAAUAAUGAAUGCCUGUGAGUGUACAGUGACAUAUUCAUAGCUUUAAGUCUUUAGCAUGUGUUUUGAACUCUAGUGAGGUGAUUUGGAAGGAUCAAAUGCCUUUUGAUGGUGAA